GCGCCACUUUCUGCGUUUUCUCCACGUUGCGCUUCUCUUCAACAACUUCCUCCUGAAACCGAAAGCAAAGUUUUCCACCGUUUCUUCUGCUCGGUUCGUCGGUGCCUCGAGUGAGCAGACAUGUCGGUUAAAAAGCUGCUGCUUGAGGUUCUGGAAAAUUUGGUUCAAGACGACUUCAAACGCUUUAAGUUGCACCUCACUGAGGUCGGCGUUGAAGGCUUCGAACCGAUUUAUAAGAGCCGCCUGGAGAACGCGGACCGAACAGACACCGUGGGAACGAUUGUAAAGAGCUACGGCGAACAAGUGGCCGUGAAGAUCACUGUGGAGGUUCUGAAGCUCAUUGGCAACUGUGACGCUGCAGAGAAGUUAAGGAACGAAUACAAAGCAGGGGGAGGGGAAGCGUCAUCCUCUGCAUCUGCUGCAGCACCUCCACCAUGACGGCUCGGGAACAAAGUGUGCUCAUCGCCCCGUCGUUCGCAGGUGCCAACGUUGGGACAUUGAAUAUACACGUACAAAAAUAGCCAUGAAAGAAAUCUACGUCGACACAAGGGAAUACACA